AUGUCUACUUCAUACGCAUUAAAUGAUGGAGUUGUACAACCAGUAAAUAGAAAUAGUGGAUUCAAUAAUAUUAAUAAUAAUAUUAAUAAUAACAAUAAUAAUAAUAACAAUAAUAAUAAUAAUAAUAAUAACAAUAUUACAACAACAGUGGUGACAACACAGAAGAAAGCAAGAAUAUUUCAAUGGAUUGAAUCAUUUAAGCGAUCAAAAGAUAAAUCAGGUUCGAACAAUACAAGCCAAACCAAUCUUUUACAAGGAGGUUCGAGCAACAGUAAUCUGAUGAAUCUCUUAAAUAUUGGUCCCUUAAAUAUACAGGAAGAUGAAGAGAUCAAUUCGAAUUCCUCUCUCUCAUACACCUCAGAGACAUCUUCUUCAGGCUCACCUUCACCACCAACAUCACCACCAACUCUCACCUCAAUAUCGCCACUCAGCAACUCUGCACAAUAUCAAAUUGGAAACUACUAUCAACAAAACAACAAUAAUAAAGCUGGUGGUAGUUCCAAUCCAAAUUCGAACCCCUCCUCCAAAGAUGGAGCAACAACUCCACUAAGUUUGGCAGCUACAAAUUUCUCAUUGGAACAGCCACCCAUUCCAUUCCCCCUAUAUAAUAAUAACAACAACAAUAAUAAUAAUAGUAACAAUAGUAGUACAACAAAUUCUCCACAACAUCAAAAUAAUAAUAUUAAACCAACACAAUCUCCACAACCACAACAACCACCUCCUAUUGUAAAGUCAACAUCAUUUUCAAUUCCUACCAAUAAUAAUAAUGUAUCUCCAAAUACAAAAUUACAACAAUCACAACAACAAAUUUCAAUACCUCCAUCAAUACAACAACAACAACAACAAAUGGCUUCGGCACCGGACAGAGACAUAGUUCCGUUGCAUCGCGAAACCAAGGCAACAAAAGAAAACUUUUAUAAAACCAUUGAAGAUCCGAAACAGUUUUCCAAGUUCAAGAGCUACAUGGAGAACUACCAGAGUAUGGAGAAUCUGAAUUUCUACUUGGAGAUCGAGCGGUACAAAAAGAUUGCAAAGGAAGACGAACGUAGAUAUACAGCCAACGACAUAUGGCGCCGUUUCUUUGUCGAGGAUGGAUCUUCGCAGCUGAAUUUGGAGUCUUGUCUCAAGAAACGAGUAGAGGAAGCCAUGAAAGGAGAGCCACGCAUUGAUCUCUUUGAUGAAGUAGAGAACCAGGUUCUCGAAGACAUGGUGUGUGAUGCAUUCCUCCACUUCCUAACAUCGCCAUUCAACCAAGAGUGGAGAGUACAACCAACAGCAAAUAAAAUAUCGACUUCUUCAUCGACGAACAAUCUUUCAGAACAACAACAGCAGCAGCAGCAACAACAACAACAACAACAACAACAACAACAGUUACAACAACAAUUACAACAAUCACCACAAUCAUCUGCAUUAUUGUUGCCAACUUCACCGGUGUGUCACUCACAACCUAUUUCAGUUCCAUCACCAACCAAUAACAAUAAUAAUAAUAACAAUAACAAUAACAAUAAUAACAACAACAAUAAUAAUAAUAAUAACUAUAAUAUAAUUAAUUCACCAACAUCACCUAUUCAAUUAUCUAUUUCGAUAUGUGCAUCUGACAAUCCAGAGAUUUGUCAAAUCACAAGGAUCGACGCAUCAGACAUUGAGUAUAUACUUGAUGAGGUGAUGAAGAACAACAUAUCGAUACACAAUGAAAUCAACUACCAAGAUGUAAUGGUUAGUCACUGGUUGGCAUCAGGUGCAUCUGGUAGAGUAUAUUUAGGAUUUUGGAAAGGAAAAGAAGUAGCAGUGAAAAUAUUUGGACAUGAAUUCAAUGUGUAUUUCGAUGUUGCCGAGUAUCGAAGAGAGGUUGCGCUGAUGACCAUUCUGAAACAUGAGUGUUUGGUGCAGUGCUUUGGCUCUGGAUCGUAUGGUUCCAGCUAUUUCCAUCUCACUGAAUACUGUCCGAAGGGUAGUCUCACAGACUAUCUAAAGAACCCAUUGAACGUCUUGGACAUUAACGCAAAGAUUACAUUUGCACUUGACAUUGCCUAUGGAAUGAGAUAUCUUCAUUCAAUGUCGAUCAUACACAGAGAUUUAAAGAGUAUGAAUAUUUUAAUUACCGAUAAUAAUAAGAUAAAGAUUAUAGAUUUUGGAUCAUCCAGAAUCACCAAUAAAUAUAUGACGAGUCACGUUGGAACUCAAGCAUGGAUGGCACCUGAAAUCUUUACUUCCAAACAUUAUACUGAUAAAGUUGAUGUUUAUUCAUAUGGUGUUAUUUUAUGGGAGAUAUUUACAAGAAGAGCACCAUAUGAAGAGAAUGUACCAUUUAAUGUUCCAGUUUUGGUUGCAAAGGGAGAGAGACCCGAUUUGCCAACCAAAGAGUUCCCACCACAGAUUGCCAAUCUCAUCAAGAAAUGUUGGUCACACAAACCAGCACACAGACCAUCCUUCAUCAAAAUCUGUUCCUACUUGGAAGACAUUUCAAAUCAAUCAAAUAAUAAAAAGAAACUAUAA